AUGGAUCCAGAUGGGUUUGACGAUGCCCUGGGCUUGUCAAAUGAAAAGUCCCAAAACUUGGGUGCGUAUAUCUACCAACCGCCAAAACACGGAAAAGCAGGCGAGCGCCCUUCGAAGCGUCGCAAGGUCUCCUCGGGGGGCAAAUUGGAUGAGAAAUCCGAUAUACAACACUUUGUGCCUCUUCUAAACGGAGAGGAGACUCCCGAGUCCGCCCAAUUGCGAUACGAUACCUAUAAACAGCUAUGGUCAAAGCAGGAGAACAAGAUCCAGAAUAUCCUUGAGUCUGUCGAUGCUGGGGUUCUGGCAGAUGUACUGUCCUUUGUUCGAGAGACGUCUCCUCAGACAUGUGAAGGGUGCAUACCCACAGCGUUGGUUACAGUCGGCUCCAAUGUGUCGUCUCUCAGCAGGCUGCUCUCGCGACUCAAUAGUCAAUUGAUAUCAUCAGAAGAAGGAAGCGUGGUGGUGCUGGAAUCCGGCGAUGCUCCAAAUCUGAAGACCACCUUGAAGAACAUCAUCCGAGCUACCGUGACAAACACCGAUGGCAACGAUGGAUAUCAAAAGUUCCUCACAGACCGUGCCGGACCUCGUCUACUCGGUUACGAUCUUGACCUGCUCCAUGACUAUCUGGUACUCGCUCUUCGCGACAGUGAAGCCUUUGAUCCCGGACUUCUGACCGAUCUCUUGUCCCUUUUCAAAUCAUGGCUAGACCGCAUCCCAUUCACCGUUCUCCUCGGAAUUUCCACCUCGGUGGAACUAUUUGAGGGCAGACUACCCCGAUCGUGUGUUGCACUCCUUCGGGGAAAGCAUUUUGAGGUUCAAGAGGCUGGAAACUGUGUUGAUCGUAUUUACGAGUCCCUCCAGACCGAUCCAGCAACUAAACUGUGGAUUGGACGCAACGUAACUAACACGCUGUUCGAAAACACAAGCGACUAUUUCCAAACUCCAGAAGCAUUCAGUCGCAUGGUCAAAUAUGCAUACAUGUCUCACUUCUUCGCAAACCCUCUGGCAGUACUAUUUGCUAAGCCCGAUCCUACCACCCUCACUCAAAGCAAAUUCCCCGAGGCUAUACGAAACUUGCCGUCAUUCCGAAUGCGCUGCGAGGAUCUUGUGGAAGGAGGAUCCACCAGUCAAGCUCGAGACAUGCUAGACAGUGAUGAAUAUCUGAUCCAGCAGACUGUCAAGGCCUUUGAUCUGGGCCAAAGAAUCAUGCGAAAGCUAUUCCAAACAGUUCGAGUAGUGCAUGCCUGCCUCCAGUAUACGCAGACUGGUAAAAAGUCAAGCGUAUCCGAUCUUUCUGCCCGUGCACUCUGUGGUGAAUUAUACGACUCCAGUGUUGUGGAAGAGAUGCUAGCCACCGCAAAGACGCUCGACUCGGACAAGCUUUACCAAGUUCUUUCAGACUUGCAUCACAUAAUCACUAGCCCGGAAGCCGAAGCAAUCCUACAAAAUCUCCAAACCUUGUUGGAUUCAUGUCCCGAAUCAGGCCCACUGCGCAGUGGUUACAACGUGAACAGCACUGUCACCAAAACCACUGUUGUCCAACAGCGCAUCCAGCUCAGCAAAGGACGAGCAGAGCUCUCGGACCAGGACUCUCAGUACACGGAAAUUGUCGACCAGCUGGUCGCGCUUUUGCAAGAACAUUUGACAGAAACCCUGAUCAACCCCCAACACCUCUUCCUGCACGAAGCCUUCUUGUUCGAUUUGAGGAAUCCUCUGAAGGACACUUUCGGACCUCGCCCUCGUUUCGCAAUUGAGCGUGCUCUGGUCACUCCGUAUGAUUACCUCCUUUCCUCAACAGACGCCAACACCUCCAAAGUAUCGGCUAAGCAACCCGCGACGGCAAUUCUAUAUCAGCUAUACCUUGACUCUGGUGCUAUGGUCAAUGUGCAUGACCUUUGGCAAGCUUUCCUUGGUGUGUUUGAAAGCGAGCAGGGCAAAGCCUGUGAUGACCGAGUGGUGAUGUCUCUGUUCUACAGCGCCCUCUCGGAGUUGAAAGCGUUCGGCGUUGUCAAGAACAGUCGGAAGAAGGCCGAUCAUCUGGCCAAGUGUGCAUGGAUGGGACUCUAG